AUGUGCACCACCACAAGUAAAAGGAGAAGUAAAAGGAGGAGGCUUUCAAGUGAGUUGUGCACCAACACAAGCACAACCCCAACCCCAAGGCCAAACUGGUCUGAUCUCCAACCUGACCUCUUGGAGUUGAUCUUUGAAAAGCUCCCUGCUGAGGACGCAAUUCGAUUCCCAGCCGUUUGUCAUUUUUGGGAACUCGCUGCAAAAUCAUCUGUUUCAUCCACAUACACACCCUUGUCGCAACAACCACCGAUGCUCAUAUUCCCUAGUCAAGACAUGUCUAGCCGACUCUUGUUCAGCUCUGCAAGGAAAAAGGUUUAUAGCAUUACCAACGAGUUCCCAGAAGAUGACAUUGUGCUUUCGUCACAUGGUUGGUUACUAACGUGUGAAAAGUAUUACAAAGAGUAUACCAAGGUGAUCUAUCUCUUUAACCCGCUUUCUGGUGCUAGAAUUGAACUCCCACCGAUCACUGAUCAGCAUCGACUGCCUGUCCAUAGAGCUGCGAUCUCCGCUGACCCCUCUCGCAACAACAACUUCAUUGUUGUCAUUGUUUUGAAACUACGUGUUGAUGAAACUAGGAUGAUAUUCUUGAAGCAUGGGGACACCGAAUGGAAGGACUUCUGUUGGUUGCAUGACCACUAUGACUGCCAAGUUGAUAUUAUGUUCUAUGAAGACCAGUUAUCUGUAGUGUCUAGCGACCGCAUUGUGGUUUGGGACUUUCGGGAAAAACCCGAUCCCACCAAAAACGAGGAUUUUCCCACCAUAACCAAGGAUUUCCAAAUCUCAGGGUUGAAGAUAGAGAGACAGUGGAACAUGUCCACUUAUAGACUGGAGUCACAAGGUGAUAUAAUGUUUGUGAAGAAAGUUCGAAGGAGAUACUCUUUUCACUUUUAUGUCUACAGAUUAUAUGACGAGGAUAAAACAUGGGAAAAGGUAGAAAGUUUGAUAGGCCGGGCCCUAUUUCUUCAGGAAAAGCUUUCAACAAUGGCAUUAUCUACUCGGAAUUUUCCAACACUACUUGAAGGCAACUCGAUUUAUUUUGUAGAAAUAUAUGAGAAGUUCAAGAAGUCCAAGGAUCCCAGCCGUAAUAUGGCUGAGAUCAGAAUACUACAAUACAACUUGGAGGAUAAGAAGAAGCCUAAAGUGUAUGAAAAGUUCAAAGUGAAGGAAGCAGACCAUUAUCCACCACCUUGGAUUUUACCUAAUCCGGUAUUGCAUGGGGAGAAGAAGCACAAAUCAAGUGAAACUGAAGCUGAUUAG